AUGGAUAUCGACAAUCCCCCUUUGUCAAGUCCCGGCGGCGAGUCGACCCCCGCUCAUGACAGACGCAAGUCUGGCCGACAAACGCGACGACCGGAAGCUUUCUCGCAAAGCACGUUCUCUGCCGAAGAUCAAGCGAGUGGAAAGCGCAAGAGAAACGAGGCGCGCGACGACGACGAGGAAGACGUGUCAGAGUCAGACAGUGACGAUGCUGGUGACGACGAGACAGACGAAGAAGAAAAACGGGAAAAGCGACGCGCCGCACGUCGCAAUGGGACGAAGAACUCAUCGAACUCAAAGUCCAAGUCCAAGGGAUCACACGCAUCCAAGAAACCUAAGGUCACCAAUGGAUUAGGUCGACAGCUCGCAUUCAGACCCGCGACUGCCGGGCGACUUCCGGCUGCUCGUUCUCGCAAGCCCAAGGUUCGACCCAGUCUUGCAGCGGGUGAACGUGGAUUGUUCGCUGAGGUCUUCGGGAAAAGCAACAACGCCGACACAGUGGCCGCUCAAUGGCUUUCGCAAUAUCAACGCAAUAACGGAGAUUCGAUGUGCAACCUCGUCAAUUUUAUUCUACGAUGCACUGGAACCGACCUGGAAAUCGACACCGCCGAGGUGGAAGAUGUUGACAAUGCUCCGACCCGCAUCCAAGACCUUCAAACAUUAUACCAAGCAGAAGGGAUCACUGAAUACCCUCUCAUUUCCAAAGCGAAGAAAUUCAAGGCCUUUUCGGUCCUUCUCGAAGAAUUCACCGUUGCAUUGAUUAAAACCUUCCAUGCCUCGUCUGUUCUCUAUACCGAUGAAAACCUAUUUGAAAACAUUCAGAUUUGGAUCUCAUCAUUGUCGACAUCGAAAUGUCGUCCAUUCCGUCAUACAGCCACUAUGAUUUCUCUCGCAAUCAUGAACGCUCUGUGUGAUAUUGCGCGUGAAGUUACAACAAGUGUUUCCACAUCUAGAAAGCAACUCGAAGGAGAGAAGAAAAAGAAGACUGUGAACAAAGGUCGCGUGGAGGCAAUUCAGACCGCCAUAACCGAAGGCGAGCAGAAGGUGGAGCGAUUAGACGAAUUCCUGCAAGACGGGUUUGAUACUGUGUUUGUCCAUCGGUAUCGAGACGUCGACAGUCAGAUCCGCGCAGAGUGUCUGACGGCUCUCGGCGGGUGGAUCCGUACCUACAGAGAGAUUUUCUUUGAGGGCCAGUAUCUGCGGUACCUCGGGUGGACACUUGCAGAUGUCGUUGCACAGACCAGAUUGGUUGCAUUGACAGAGCUUUUGUCUCUAUACGAAAACCGGGAGAACAUUGCUGGUUUGCACUCAUUCACUGAGCGUUUCCGCCAGAGAAUUGUGGAGAUUGCGGUCCAAGAUGCCGACGUUUCUGUCCGUGUGACUGCUGUUGAGCUUCUCAACCAUCUUCGCGAAGGUGGUCUACUUGAGCCUAAUGACAUCGACGCUGUCGGCCGCCUUGUGUUUGAUAUGGACCCUCAGAUUCGAAAAACAGCCGGGCGGUUCUUUGUAGCCAAUGUGCAAGACGCAUAUGAGUCAAUCACCGAGGAAGUGGGAGAAGAAAUCGGCGAACUACUCGCUGAUGACGACGAAGACGACUACGAGUCGCCCAAGCACUCGUGGAUCAAGUUCAGGUGCCUCACAGACCUAUUCCAAUCCUAUGAUACAGCGCAAAGUGAGCAACAAUCCGAGCCAAUGUCUCGCAACACACUACUAGGUGUGCCGAUCGAGUCUCGCUUUGCGCUCGCAACGGAGGCUGUUUACCCUCACAUGGAAGAGCUUGCUCAUUGGCCAUCAUUGGCCGGUUACCUACUUUACGACCACUCCCAAAUCACUGAUGAACCAUCCGAGGAUGAUACAGCAGGAGUCGUGAAGAAUCUGUACAAGAUCCAAGAGGGACAAGAAUCAAUUCUACUUGAAUUGCUGUGUGCCGUAGUCAAGCUUCGGGUUCUUGAUGUGUCCAAGUCCGACAUUGACAAGCGUGGGCGCAAGGUCAAGGCUUUGACUGCUAAGAUUUCUGAGCUCCAAGAAGAAAUCUCUCACAAUCUCGCUCAGAUCAUUCCCCGUCUUCUCAACAAAUUCGGAUCUUCGCCCGAGGCAGCCUCUGCCGUAUUGCGAUUGGAACAUCUCGUGGAUCUUGAUUCCAUUCAAGAUCUCCAGAAAGAUGCCACGGCCUAUUCAUCAUUGCUCAAUGACAUCAACAAGCAAUUCCUUACUCAUUCAGACCAGGAUGUUCUGGCCGAGGCCAGUGUGGCCUUCUUACAUGCCAAGAGCUCGGAGGAGAUGCGGGAGGCACUUGAAAGCAAGGUGCAGGAGCUUUGGGAUGACAUGGUGGAAACGCUUGGUGCGUUGUCUCGAAAGAAGGAUGUCCAGGAAGGUGCCGCGAUCUCUGAUCCCACACUCACUGAUCUGAGCAACACCGUUUCUCGGAUUGCCAACCUUGCGGGAAUUACGGACUGCGCCACCAUCCUCGAGACCGUUCCCAACUCACGGUCCAAGUCGAAGAAGGACCAUCCCGAGGCUCCGUUCAAUUCCCUCAUCCGCCUCGCUGAACGCGGAUUGCAUGAGGAGGCUGAUGAUGAAGAUGUUUCUAAGGCAGAGACUGAGCUGGUAUCAAACAGUAUCAGGGCGUUGCUUUUCUAUUUCAUGUGGAAGGUGCAGGCACUAUCCACGGCGCUGAAAGAUGGAAAAGCCAACUACAACACUUCCUACUUUGAAGCACUCACCAAGAGCCGCGAGACCUUCGCUACAACACUGGUUGACAUUGUCAAAUCGCGCUCUGGGCUUGAUGAUAUCCGAUUCCUAGCAUGCACGACCUACCUGGACCUGCAAACACUUUUCAGUACAUUGCGCAAUGUCGGCCAAGGCAAUGGCAACGAUGAAGAUGUUCUCUUCCAAACUCAAAGCUUGAUUCAUGAGAUCGGAUCCGAACUCGAGAGCCUCAUUGCCAAAAUCCACAGUAUUGCCGAACGCACAGCAGCCAAGAAAAUCCGAGUCAACCUCGAUCCCGCAGACGACGAUGAGCCAGCCUCAGAAGACGAACCCGAAGACGAAGAUGAAGCCAGCGACUCCGACGACGAAGAGGUAGUCAACGAGCGUCUCCGUAGCAGCAUUGUUGCCGAACAGCGCCUCUGCGAAUUAACAGGCAAGCUGGUCCUCGCCAUCAUCGCGCGCAUCAUUGACGCUUCCGGCUCAAAACGCGGUUCUUUGAAAAAGCGCCUGCUUCGAAACAAGACAGCCCUCGGCCACAAUUAUCGCGAAGUCUUGUCAUAUCUCGAAGAGCGUAAGCCGCGCAGUGCCCCGCGAAGCAAGGGGAAACAGCCUGCAAGAACAGCUAGCUCUCCAAAGGAGCCCAAGUCUGCAGAGCAGAUUGAUGACGAGGAUGACAAUGCGCCUGCUGAAGAGGAUGACGAGGAAGAUUUGCGUGCGCGCGGUCUUGUGGAGGAGGAUAUCGAUCAACAAAAUGACGAUGAGGAUCUUGAUUCCCCUGCGCCAGAGCUGGACGAGGACGAGGUCAUGGGUGACUGA